UGCUAAGCUUAACCGAAGCCUCUCGGGAUGAGGAGAGCAGUGCGGAGCUGAUGCUGAUGCUGCUCGUCACUUUGAGCAGGAGAGAGACCCAGCACUAAGCAAUAUCAGUCCGCGCUUCCCCUCACUCACUAGCACUCCCCGGAUUGGCUGCGUGCUUCUCGGGCUUCGAGCCGGUAUUAUCCCGAACUGGCUAUGUGCAUGGCUUGCUGGAGAGGAGUCCCCCGCAGAGAUCCCUGCAAAGCGGCCAUGAGCAGCAGGAUCAGUUUCUUUGAGGUGGAAAUUCUAGACUGUAAAACCAUGCGACAGUUAUGCUUUUUCGAUAAGGUAGAGCCACAUCUUACAGUUAAUGAUGUAAAACUGAUGUUUCAUAAAUGUUACCCCCAGUGGUAUCCAGCAAGACAGUCCAUCCGGAUGGAGCCCAAAGGCAGAUCUUUAAAGGAUGAAGAAAUCCUGCAGGACCUCCCAGUUGGCACAACUGCUACAUUAUAUUUUAAGGAUCUGGGCCCUCAGAUUGGGUGGACUUUGGUAUUUCUGACCGAAUAUGCAGGCCCACUUUUUGUAUAUUUUUUGUUUUACUUCAGAAUGCCUUUUUUCUAUGGCUUGGCCAAGGCAUUUACUUCCAGUCCACAUUCAGUAGUUCACUUGGCAUGCUGCUGUCAUUCUUUUCACUACAUUAAACGAUUGAUUGAAACAAUUUUUGUUCAUCGAUUUUCCCAUGGAACUAUGCCACUAAGAAGUAUUGUUAAGAACUGCUUCUAUUACUGGGGCUUUGCGGCCUGGCUUGCAUAUUAUAUAAAUCACCCUCUAUAUACACCGCCUUCAUAUGGAAAAAAACAAAUAAGCCUAGCAAUGAUCAUGUUUCUGAUAUGCGAAACUGGUAAUUUCUCUAUCCACGUGGCACUUAGUAAUCUAAGGCAAGAUGGCUCAAGAUCCCGGAGAAUUCCUUUCCCAACAAGAAAUCCUUUUACGUGGCUAUUUCUCUUUGUAUCCUGCCCUAACUACACAUAUGAGGUUGGAAGCUGGAUCAGUUUUACAGUCAUGACCCAGUGUGUUCCAGUUGGACUUUUUACUCUGAUUGGAUUCAUUCAGAUGACUAUUUGGGCAAAAGAUAAACAUCACAGAUAUGUGAAAGAGUUCAAGGACUAUCCCAGGCUGCGGAUGUCAAUCGUUCCCUUCUUGCUAUGAAAAAUGCACCUGCUAAUAGAAAGAAGACAUGCUGUUGUGUGAAAUAGUUAUUAAGGUUUGUGGAAGACAGUUCCCAGAGAGAAUGCUAAUGUUACUUGCAAAAACUCUGUGCCUGGAACUGAAAUUAACUGAUGUAUUUGAUUAGUAGACAUAGAAAAAAAUGUCCUCGUUUGACUCUUCCACCUGUUACUCCUCAAUCCACGUUAUUGCAAAAUGGCAAAAUUAGUUGGUUUUUUUUUUGUAGUCACAAAGCUUAAUUCAGGAUCUCACACACUCUUUAAUUGUAGUUAAUAUAAAAUAUUUUACUUCGAGGGACACAUAAUCAUUUUAUGGCCUUGAAUUAAAAAUAUGCAGCCAGGUCAGUGAAACAGUUUUCAUUAUUUUGACUCUGUACCCCACCACAAAUGAAGCAGUUGAUGUGAUUGAAUUGUACUUUCACCUUUAAUUCAAGGCGUUUAACAAAAAUAUCAUAUGAGCCAUUUAGGAUGAGCCAUUUUUACACGCGGCCCCCCCAAUUUCAGGGAGUCAGAAUUAAGAAGUGAUGUAGAAAGUAGAAGUGAUGAGGGUUACAUGGAUGCAGAUGGUUAUUCUGAGCCUUGAAAACUGUUUACAGAGGUGAUUGGAAACGCAAUUGUAUUUUACAGCAUUGGUAAAUGUUACCUUUUUAUUAUAAGAUCUUUUUCACCUACCUUGAGCAGGCUCAACAAUCCAAACUAUUUGCACAAUAUGUCGGUGAUCAAACUUUUUACUUUACUGCACAUUUUAAAGGAAUACAUAACAUAAUAAAAAAAUAUUUUUCUCAUUUUC